AUGACGAAGCAAUCCCCUGAUCUGUACCACUUCCAUUCUGAUGAGGAUAUCAAACCUUCACCGGCGCUAUAUCCUUCAGUUUCUGCGUUCAGAAAAAAUGCACCGAAAGAACCCGACGAGCUCGCUAGAGACCCUGAGGUUGCCAACAUGCCGGAGAGCAGUGACCGAAAGCACACGAGCUCUGGACACGGAGCAAAUGUCGGCAUGUCUGAGAUUCCAGCGCCCCCAGUUCCCGAGUUCAAUCGUCAAGUACAUGAGCUCAGUCACAGACACUUCACCAGAGAACGUGGCCGCAAGCAGUCACUCAACCACCAGAGCGCCCAGCGUAGAGAACACUCUCAUUAUCCACAGUCUCCCAUCCGAAACAGACGCAUUCAAGAAGCACCUCUUGCAUCACCGGCCCCCCUGCGACGCGCCGAGUCUAGUGGACGAGAUCUGAAGUCUUCAAAUGAGAUAAUUGACGUGGACGCAGAGGAGGAUGAAAAGAUCGCCACAAUGAGCGCAAUCUACAGUAUUGUCACCGACAUGAGGAAUAUGAUGAUCACAGAUAGGCAACAUUCGCCCGAAAACCUCGCCGAGCUUGAGCAGAAGCUUCUGAGGGCAAAUCAGGAACGUGACAGGGCUGUCGAGCACGCCACAUCCGGAGACGAACGCAACUACAAACUUCAGCGCGAGCUGCUCGCGCAGAUAGAGGCAUAUGAGGAGGCUAGGGCUGGGCAGACCACAGCGCCACGGGCGCUAUCCCGGCUCAACCGCCUCGGCAACUCGCUCAAGAGUUCUGACUCCGCUAUACAAGAAGCAUGGGGUCAGCUAUCCUAUGCAAUCACGAACCUAGCGUGCUGUCUCGCCAAAGGCAAGCCUGACAUGGCUCAAAUGGAGGAUGUUAGGUUGACCCUCCGCCAUGUACUCCUGAAUGAGCCAAGAGAGAUGGAUAACGAAGGAGGGCGCCAGCGCAUGAUAAAAAUGUUUCUUUGGCGGGUUGCGCGCAAGUGGUGGCCUUGUGGUGGAAAGCCUUCCGGAACCAAGACUGCCAAAACAUGGAAAUCUCUCCGAGCCGGGAUGCUGGCGGGACGAGGAGCGCGCGAAAAGCGUGCUUCAAUGGAUUUCGUCAAGACUUUACAAAGUCAGCUGAGACCCUUCCUCGGCCACCUUGAGGAUGAUACGCGAUCCCAGAGGCGUCUGGAAGGGGAUCUCAUCGACCUGUUCGAUAUGCUGAAGCAGCUAGAAAGCAUAUUCUUCGGCGCAAAGUGCAUUUACCAGCCCGUCUUGCGGUUUGUACCAUUGGAAGAACCACAUCUUUACGACGAGGAGUUCAUGGAAGCAGCUGUCACCACCAAGACGCCAUCGCCAGCGUCGAAGGUGAAGGUGAAGUAUGUGCUGUCGCCCGGUCUGAUAAAACAUGGGAGAGCGGAUGGCACCGAGUUGGGAAACAGGACCGUCGUGGUCAAGGCCGAGGUGGUCCUCGAGUGA